UGGUAAUGCGGGAGCUUGUGCGUACGUUUUCUGUCUGUCUUUCCUUCUCUUUCUUCUUUAUAUACACAUGUCUUUAAAUCAGUAGCGUUGAUGGAAGCCAAUCAGAGGAAGAGAGCGGUCCUCUGCGCCGGGUGUGUGCGGUGCGCGGAGUUGGGAGGGAUGCUCAGCUGCGAGCUGGAGUGCGGGCGGGCGCGCGGGUCGGGCUGCUUGGUGGCGCUGCUGCCCCUGCCCAGGACCAGCGCCGCUUCCCGGGGAGCCUGGGCGCCUCUUCUCCGCCGCCUGAUACCUUCUGAGAGCCAAGCAAAGAACAUUAAGGACGAAAGGAGGAAUGAGCCUGGAUCCAGUGCAGUGAAAAGAGACGCGCGCAGGAAGGGGGAACUCACUACCCAGAGACUCAAGAACCUGCCUUGCCAUCAGCAUGAGAACUUACCUGUGCUUCUUGCUGCUCUUUUGGGUCGGCCAGCCCUACUCAACUUUCUCAAGCCCAUUAUCUAAAAGGACUAGUGGCUUCCCAGCAAAGAAGAGGGCCCUGGAGCUCCCUGCAAACAGCAGGCAUGAGCUGAGCCGUUCGAAAAGGAGUUGGAUGUGGAAUCAGUUCUUCCUCCUGGAGGAAUACACAGGAUCCGAUUAUCAGUAUGUGGGCAAGUUACAUUCAGACCAGGAUAGAGGAGAUGGAUCACUUAAAUAUAUCCUUUCAGGAGAUGGAGCAGGAGAUCUCUUCAUUAUCAAUGAAAACACAGGCGACAUACAGGCCACCAAGAGGCUGGACAGAGAAGAAAAACCUGUUUACAUCCUUCGAGCUCAAGCUAUCAACAGAAGGACCGGGAGACCUGUAGAGCCUGAGUCCGAGUUCAUCAUCAAGAUCCAUGACAUCAAUGACAACGAGCCAAUAUUCACCAAGGACGUUUAUACAGCCACGGUCCCCGAGAUGGCUGAUGUUGGCACGUUUGUGGUCCAAGUCACUGCCACUGAUGCUGAUGACCCAACCUAUGGAAACAGUGCUAAAGUUGUCUAUAGCAUCCUCCAGGGACAGCCUUACUUUUCAGUGGAGUCGGAAACAGGUAUCAUCAAGACAGCGUUGCUCAACAUGGAUCGAGAAAACAGAGAACAGUACCAAGUUGUGAUUCAAGCCAAGGACAUGGGCGGCCAGAUGGGAGGACUGUCGGGGACCACCACCGUGAACAUCACGCUGACAGAUGUCAAUGAUAAUCCACCCCGUUUCCCCCAGAGUACAUACCAGUUUAAGACCCCCGAGUCCUCUCCACCGGGUACACCGAUUGGCAGGAUCAAAGCCAGUGAUGCUGACAUGGGAGAAAACGCAGAGAUUGAGUACAGCAUCACAGACGGUGAGGGGCAAGACAUGUUUGACGUCAUCACCGACCAGGAAACCCAGGAAGGGAUUAUAACUGUCAAAAAGCUCUUGGAUUACGAAAAGAAGAAAGUGUAUACCCUCAAGGUGGAAGCCUCCAAUCCCCACGUGGAACCCCGAUUUCUCUACCUGGGUCCCUUCAAAGACUCAGCCACGGUGAGGAUUGUGGUAGACGAUGUGGAUGAGCCUCCAGUCUUCAGCAAACUGGCCUACAUCCUGCAAAUACGAGAGGAUGCUCAGAUAAACACAACCAUAGGCUCUGUCUCAGCUCAGGAUCCUGACGCUGCCCGCAAUCCCGUCAAGUAUUCUGUGGAUAGACACACAGAUAUGGACAGGAUAUUCAACAUUGAUUCUGGAAAUGGUUCCAUUUUCACAUCGAAACUCCUCGACCGGGAGACCCUGCUCUGGCACAACGUCACGGUGAUAGCAACAGAGAUCAAUAAUCCAAAGCAAAGCAGCCGAGUGCCUCUAUACAUUAAAGUUCUUGACGUCAAUGACAAUGCCCCAGAAUUUGCUGAGUUCUAUGAAACCUUUGUCUGUGAAAAAGCAAAGGCAGACCAGCUGAUUCAGACCCUACGUGCUGUUGACAAGGAUGACCCUUAUAGUGGACACCAGUUCUCUUUCUCUUUGGCCCCGGAGGCAGCCAGUGGCUCAAACUUUACUGUACAAGACAACAAAGACAACACCGCAGGAAUCCUAACUCGGAAAAAUGGCUAUAACAGACACGAGAUGAGCACCUAUCUCCUGCCUGUGGUCAUUUCAGACAACGACUACCCAGUCCAAAGCAGCACUGGGACAGUGACUGUCCGAGUCUGUGCAUGUGACCACCAUGGGAACAUGCAGUCCUGCCACGCCGAGGCCCUCAUCCACCCCACGGGGCUGAGCACAGGGGCUCUGGUGGCCAUCCUUCUGUGCAUCGUGAUCCUACUAGUGACAGUGGUGCUGUUCGCAGCUCUGAGGCGACAGCGCAAGAAAGAGCCUUUGAUCAUUUCCAAAGAGGACAUCAGAGAUAACAUUGUCAGUUACAACGACGAAGGUGGCGGAGAGGAGGACACCCAGGCCUUUGAUAUCGGAACCCUGAGAAACCCCGAAGCCAUGGAGGACAGCAAAUCGCGCAGGGACAUUGUGCCUGAAGCUCUUUUUCUACCGCGACGGACUCCAACAGCUCGCGACAACACGGAUGUCAGAGAUUUCAUUAACCAAAGGUUAAAGGAAAAUGACACAGAUCCCACAGCCCCGCCCUACGACUCCUUGGCCACCUAUGCCUACGAAGGCACCGGCUCUGUGGCCGACUCGCUGAGCUCGCUGGAGUCAGUGACCACAGAUGGAGACCAAGAUUAUGACUAUUUGAGUGACUGGGGCCCUCGGUUCAAAAAGCUAGCGGAUAUGUAUGGAGGGAUGGACAGUGAUAAAGACUCCUAAUCCGUUGCCUUUUUUUUUUCUUUUUCAUUUUCCAAUAUGACACUGGAAUAUGUGAAGUGGCUAUUUCUUUCUAUUUAUCCACUUUUCCGUGAAGGGUUCUCUGUUGUACCCGUUCCAAAAGUCAAUGGCUGCAGUCCGUGCGGAUCCAAUGUUAGAGACUUUUUUCUAGUACACUUUUAUGAGCUUCCAAGAGGCAAAUUUUUAUUUUUUAGUUCAUGCAGUUAACCAAGUUAGCCCAGCAGGCACGCGGGGGAGGCGAGGAGGGGACAGCGUUUUUUUUCCCUUGUUCUCUUAGGGCAGGUUGGCCACAUGCUCCUUACUGCUGGCCUGGACACUACUUUUGUUCAUGGCCUCAGGUCAACUGAAUGCUCCAGCUGUGUACGUUUCCCAUGCUACUGGGAGAAGGGAUCAUACUUCACUGAUUAAAAAUAUAGCUUUAGCAUAAAAGAAAAACACAAAAGGAGGCAACAAUUGGGGGAUUGUUCUUGGUCUAUCAACUCUCAAGGAGAUAAUUAGCUACAGAAGGGUUUGUAAGAGUGUAUGUGUGUCAAAGAAUUUAAGGUGGCAACUGGGGCAUCCUGUCUGUGCUGGAAGAGGCGUUUCUGGCACAAACAACUACUCGUAACAUCAAAUCCUUCCGUGUUUUAGAAUGAUUUAGAAGCAAAUCAAAUGGUAACAUUAGACCGUAACAAAAAGCGAGGCUGUAUUCCUUGACACUCAUGAUCUGCUGCAUAUGAGAAACAUGAAAGGUCACCCGUCGCACCAAAGGGAAAAAGAGAAAUAGCUAAAAAACCAUUAACAAGGAAAAGAUUUGGUAAAUUUCAAGGUUUUGUGCCACCUACUGUAUCACCGAUCCCUUAAUUCUUGAACAACCAGUAAACUAAUGAGAAACAUGUCUAAUGUCAGUUCUUGAGAGAAUUUUCUGAGGCAAAUGUUAACUCUUUGUCUGUAGUCGUUGUCUCUAUUAAUCUACUCUACCUGACAACAGUAGCGGUGUAAAGUACAAUAAUUCAUAUUCUUCAAAUACUUCUUAUAUAAUUAACUUGCCGUAGGAAGGUUAGAUUAAAUAUCCUACCCUAGAGCUAAAGGGGAGGGUUAGACCCAGCCACAUUUGAACCUAACUCCUGCCCUUUGCCUUCGGAGACAUCCCAUACAUUAAUGGCACUGAGAAGUUGGUGAAAACCUGCAUUCCGUGUUUCUGAAAUGCUCACGAAAGAAGAGCUGGGAUUGCCUUCAGCAAAAAUGCUUAAGACUCUUGUUAAAGCGACAGUCGAGUUCCAAACGUAGUCUUCUUUCCCCACUGUUUCUAAGGUGGCUUCCGUGGCAAAGCUGCCAUCUUUGUCUCUGGACUGAUGAUAAAGUGAUGGUCUCAACUAAAACAGAAAAGUAAUACAAAAUCCAUCCAAUCUAUUCUUGCUCUAAUUAUGCAAUUAGGCUCUCUUAGUCAGUUAUUAUCCAGGGGACCCAACUGAACCAAGCUAAUCCUUCUGGCAGGUUCAAAUCAUUUAUUUCAUAUGGACGUUCUAAUGACUCUCCUCAUUAGGAUCUCACACCAUGCAGUCAUCAGAAAUUUCCAAAGUACUGUAAUGAAAACAUCCUCAUUUGAAAACUUUUUGAAAAGGCUCUGUAUAUACAUAGAUAAUAUAUACUUAAGAAUGUGCUGACUUCUCUUAUUAGUCAUAGGGAUUUAUUUUCAGUUAAUGUUAAUUUUAUAGAGAUAAUCUUAGCAUCAUUUCCAUUUAAGGGUAAUGUUUUAUCAACAUAUUUUCUAUUUAGAAACACGCUGUUGUUUAGUUGGAUUUAAAUAGUUUUUGCCCAGGAAGUAAAGGUGGCACCUGUAAAACAAGAGAAAUGUGGAAUUUGGAUUACAGUUUAAAAAAAUUACAAUCAUAUUGCCCUUUGUAUUUUCUGAAUGUUCUCCUGUUUGUGAUGAAAUGCCCUGAAGAGAAACAAGUAUUUCACACUUGAGCUAUUUCUACCUUUUAGGGUUUUAUUUUUCUAGUUCUUCAUAUGCACACUCACUCACACACACACACACACACACACACACACACACACACAUCACAUCACAUCACAUACAGGAAUGCAAACAAAUACUACAAGAUGGCUUCACUGAAAUGGGUCAGUAUGUAUUAUAUUCACGGGUAAGUACUGAAAAAGAUAGCCAAGGAAAACUAGUAAGAGCUACUAUACAGCAUGAGAACAGCACCUUGCACAAUCUAUUGUAAAAUUAGAAUUACUCUAUCUUGUAUCUUACAUCAUGUGACAAACUGAACCAAGAAACAUAGUUCUUAAAAAGAAAGGUAUCAUCAAAAGUUGCCCUUUUGAGCUUUUGGUGUGAAAUUUGGUGUUAAAUUUCUAAGAGUUGACAACAGCAAUUUCCAACAUUUUGGGAUAAAGUUGACCUCUCUCUCUGAGUGCAAGUAUAUAUUGAAAGUAAGUUAAGCUAUUUGAGAUGUAAUUGGCCAAAGCAUUUUUAUCCCAUCCUGCAAACCACACAUUGUGCCAAGAAUAGGAGAGUAUUAAUACUGGAAUAACUGUUUAAUGUCUUAUCACAAAGAUUGUUGGUGAUACAAAUCUACAAGAAACUGCAUUAUUCAAACUCUGUAGGUGUUGACUCCAGAUAAACACUUUCCUCUAAGAAUCAUCAUGCAAAGAAUGAGAAGCCUAGCACCAUCUCUCUCUCUAGUUUUUCUUCCCACUAAAAUACCAGGUCAAGAGCAUCCCCAUGGACAGAUUUCUUCCAGUGAUGAAAUUUUGUUCUGGAGGGUGAAAGUAGUUUUCAGCUCAGUUUUUGUGUCUUGGUCUUAGACACAGGCAAUGAGGCUGGCGGGGGGAGGGAGGGGUCCAACUUUAAAAUUUGCUUUGUUGAACGUAAGGAGAUUGGUUAGCAUAAAGCAUCGUUUCAAGAGCACUGACGCCUGUCUAACUUUUCUUAACCUCUUUUCAACAGAAACUUCCUUUAAACCUCUUACAAUGCUUCCUAGAACAAGCUGAGAUUUUAAAGAGUAUUAAGCCAUUGUGCAUGAGGUUAAAACUCCCCCACUUUAUAUCCACUUUCUUCCGGAAAUCUGAAAACAUUUGUCCUCAAAUAAGUAAAUAAAUCAAAUGGGGAUGAGGUGAGGACAGUCUCCUAAAACCCUAAGAGAGGAAAUCUGAGCACUGUAAAUACAACUUCCCUGGUUUUACAUUCUGGAGGUUCGGCUAGAGAAUCACUCUAUUUUCAGAUGGAACAAAGCUGGUGAUUUCAUUUUAAUUCAGGAUAAAAAUAUGUGGCUUAGUUCUCAUUUCCACUUCCCAAAGUGUUAUACAAGAGACUGACUCUGGAACUUAGAUGCAUCCAAGUUUUGAGAAGUCAAAAUAACUUCCUAAUGUUUCCAUUAUGUAAUCUGUGUGCCCUGUGUUCCUACACAAUGGUCUACAUAGAAUGCUUUAUCCUGAAGUAGGUGUUCUCUUGGGGAGAAUGAUUUAUGAAAUGCCAACAGGCAUUCUUAGAUUCUGUAAACCUGUGCACAUUAGAAACAUACAACUAGAAAGAGGAGAGCUGAUUCCUGGGUGCAAGCUAAAUAUUUGAAUAAGGUGCUUGUCCUUAUCAAACAAAUCCCUUGUCCUCGGGAAUACAGCCACCAAAUAAAUCCUCUCAGCCCCUGGUUACUAGGUUUGAAGCAGCAUAAUUGCUUUGGAAGAAUACACUAAAAACUCAAAAUCGCUGCCAUUUUGAAGGACAUCCUCUAUUUAAAAAAAAAAACCAACUCAUUUAGUAUAAUUUUAAUUUUUACUUUAUCUAGAUGAAGUCAUUUUUGAAUUGUCAUAUUGUAGAAGUGGGCUCAAGGUACAAGGAGUUCGCUGUAUUUAAAUUAAUACACCAACCUUCUUUAUCAGAUAAGAGCAGAAAGAUUAAUACUUGGUGUGUGAGUCUUCAGGAAGAUGGGCUGCAGCCUAAGCUCUGACAAGCAUGUGUCUUUUCUAGAGAAUGGAAUUACACGGUGGUCUCAUCAGAGUUCAGAGACUAUCAUGGUUGCAGUGUUUUAAAUCUUCCUUUGACGUCUUCAUGGAAUAAUUUUCAAAAGGGAUAAUUCUCUACUAAAAAUACCAGACCCCGACUAUAUUCAAUGCAAAGAACAAUACUCUCUUAGAAAGCCAAUGCAUUGGCUCACACACUUGUUUAAAGUUAAUAUAGAAAUAGCUCAUUUUCAAAGCCAGUAGUUUAUGGUCUCUGCAUCCUCAAUUUAAUUUAAGCAUUGCCGAGACAAUCUUUAAUCUCCCUGUUUUGUAAUACCUUACUUAUGAUGCAUUCUCGUUUUUUUAAUUUGGGGGGAAUGUUAGCCUGACAGAGCCAGCAGACAAAAGCGUUAAAGGAUGUCAAAAGGAAACAAACACUAUUACCCGCCAUAUUUCAGAAGGGACUGAGGCACUUAGCCGAGGAGACACCAGGUUAUUAGAUUAAUUUCAAAAGAUCUUUUACAAGUUGCUUGAUUCCACUGGGGGGGGAAAAAAAACAUGAACCACAAACUCAAAUUUGCUUCCAAAUGAGGUUAUUUGACAAAUGAGGCAUGGACUCAGUGUCGUAGAAGAAAGCAUCCCGCUGUAAUGAGAGCUUGGUCUUUCUUGUGAGGCUAUGCUAUUUAUGUAAAUAUAUCUGAGGCACCUUCUGUAACCUUUUCGUUUUCUAUGAUCUAUUAGUUUAGUGUUUAUUAAAAAACAACCACCCAUAUGUAAAAUCACUCAGCACUCACGGGGAAUGCUUGCGCAGCAAAUGUCUAAUAGAUCUGCUCAGAAGAACACAGGAACCCUGUAGACCCACUGUGCUGCUCUGUUUGAGGUUAUUUUCACUGCUUUGCAAGGAGUUCACAUCAGAAUGGGCCUUGUAAUAAACGCUGUGUGCGUCUGUGGUCAUACCAAGCUCAGGCAGUUUGGCAUUCUCCUCCUGUGACUUGUGAUUCCUGAACCAAGAAAAUAAAGGCUUCUGGUACCGACUGUA